UUAUAUCAGUCCAUCUGAUAUUGCAUCGAGUGGAAAGUUAUCGCGGUUAGCGAAUUUCCGUCAUGCCCAAGAAUAAGGGAAAGGGCGGUAAGAACCGUCGUCGUGGAAAGAACGAGAACGACAACGAGAAGCGUGAACUCGUGUUCAAGGAAGAAGGCCAGGAGUAUGCCCAGGUUGUGAAGAUGCUUGGAAACGGCCGUCUCGAGGCGCUGUGCUUCGAUGGCGAGAAGCGUCUGGCGCACAUUCGUGGCAAGCUCAGGAAGAAGGUCUGGAUCAACCAGGGUGAUAUCAUCCUUCUCUCUCUCCGUGAUUACCAGGACGAAAAGGGCGACGUUAUCAUGAAGUACACUGCCGAUGAGGCCAGAAGUCUCAAGGCCUACGGUGAGCUGCCCGAACACGCCAAGAUCAACGAGACCGAUACCUACGGCCACGAAGGCUUCGAGGACAACGUCGAGUUCGACGAGGACCGCGAGAGCGAAGACGAGAAGGAGAUCGAUGUCGACGAGCUCUAAAAACCUUCACCCCUUUGGAUUCAGCCCUGCGAGAGCUACUGGGGAUCCUGUUCGCCAGCCCCUCUUUUCUCUUUCUCAAAGCCAAGCUAUUUCCUUUCUGGGAAACCCGACAGGCUUCCUUCUGUGAAAGGUCUUUCUUGCGUCAGGCAGGAGCUUGACGGUUGGUUUUAUCAUUAUGCCAUCUGUUUCCUGGGAAGGAGACCAGAAAGGUCUAGGGGCUGCUGCCUUCCCGCUUCGCUUGGGGACCUACCACUGCCCCAGUGCUCCUUCCAAAAGUCAGGGUAUGAAUCAUGGGUAGAAAAUUCUUGGAGUUCUACAUGAUAAUUCGAUUGGCUUUUUGGCCAAAGAUCGUUUUUAUCAUG